AUGUCCCUCCACCCCUGCAGCCUCGCUUCGGCUGGCCUGAUUAGGCACCCAGGAGACGUGGCCGACUUCGGCAAGUACCGCCGCCACUUGCCAGAACAAUGGUGCCCCAUGGUGACCGUCAUCGGCUCGGUCCGCGCUAAUGACGACGGCUUUCCUAAGCCUUCGGGACCCCGCCACUUCACCGUCGAAACGUCCGUUUACAACGCUUCAAAGGCCGCUCCGGUACAGUUCGCUGUGAUUUGCUUCUUGGAAAACACCAAGCGUUGGCAAAAGGUCAAGACACCGCCGUCGGGCGCCUUUCUCAGUGUUACCGCGAAGGUCGCUGGUCGCACUGCUGGCACGAAUCAUCUGGCCCUUCGCGUCCUUGAUCUGACGUACCUGCCAAGACCGGCUUCGACCGCGGCCGCACCAACUCCCAUUGCUAUUCCGCCUUCGAAGCGAUCGAGUCGCUGGGAGGGCCGGGCGGGCCCGUCUACUCCCUCCAAGAGGCCGCGCGUUUCGGAACCUGCCAACGAACCAGCAAACCCAACCGACAGAAAUACGACCCCGCCAGAAAUGGCCCGUACCAGACACGACCUCCCUCACACAGAGAACUCCCCAGACUCCGCGUCUGUCCCAGCUCCUCCACCAACCGCUGCUCGUUCUGGCGACUCCUUUUUCAGCUCAGCCCGGCCUUUGACGUCGGAGAGUGGGCCUCGACCGCAUCGCAGCCGCCAUUUUCCGAAGAAAUACGCAAACUUGGAGCAGACCGCAAUGAGCCGAAUGGAGUCCUAGGAUAUGUAGAUAUUAAAUAUAGUCCUUUUCCACACGAGA